GCCGACCCCCAGCCGAGGCCCAGCCGCGACCGGGGCUCCUUUCCCGGUGCCGGCCGCUUCUUCCCGAGACCUUGGUCCUUGGUCCGGUGGGGCCCCGGCGAGGCUCGGUGCGGUGGGCAGGACCCCGGCUGACAGCCCUUGGGGCCUGCAGCGCUGCGGCUGCCCGCCAGGCGGAGCCCGGGGCCGUGGGCGCGACGCCGUGAGGGCCGGGGCCGGGGGCGUCGCAUGUCCCGGCUGGAGCCGAGGGGUUGCGGGGCGGGUGGCCGGAGGCAACGGGCGCUCGGGAGCCGAGCGGGGCCGGCAGCGAGGGGCGCAGGCCGGGCCGGAGCCGAGGAGAGGGCCGUGGUCUGCAGCAGUGGGGUCUGGGACUCCCAGCCCCUCGCUGCCAUUUUACUUCUCCAGGGGGAGCAGAGAUGCCACCUGCCCGCUGGCGCCUGGGGCUCCUGCUCCUCGGGGCGCUCCUCACCCUUGUCCUCUACCUCCUGCUCCCAGCUCCCCAGCCUGAGCAGCGCUCUGUGGGUACCUGGCCUGACAAGAGGAAGUGGGGCUGGCAGGCAGCCAACACCACUGCACGAACAGCAAUGGCUGCAGGAGAGCCCCCCGUCUUCUACCGGGAGGUUUCUGCAGGGCCACAGGCCAGCGGGACUGCCAGCCCCGGGAGGCCCGAUGUCCUGUUCCUGCACGGCCAGGCAUUUACCUCCAAGACGUGGGAGGCUUUGGGCACGCUGGCACUGCUUGCCAGAGAAGGCUACCGUGCGGUCGCAAUAGAUCUGCCUGGCUACGGAGAUUCGCCCCGGGCUGAGAUGGUUGCCACGGCACAGGGCCGGGUGGCCUUCCUGGACCGCAUCCUCCAGGAGCUGGGCAUGCGGAGGCCUGUUCUCAUCAGUCCCUCCAUGAGCGGCCGCUUUGCCCUGCCCUUCCUCCUGGUGCGGGGGGACCGGCUGGCUGGCUUCGUGCCCAUUGCGCCUGUGGGCACCAAGGACUACACUGCUGAGCAGUAUCGGCAGGUCCAGACGCCCACCCUCAUCCUGUAUGGUGACCGUGACACAAGCCUGGGUCCCCAGGCCCUGCAGAGCCUUCAGCACCUCCCCAGGCACCAUGUGGCUGUGGUGCCUGAUGCUGGCCAUGCCUGCUACCUGGACAAGCCGGAGGACUUCCACCGGGCCCUGCUCGGUUUCCUGCGCCAGCUGAAGUGAGCGCUGCCUCGUCCCCUGCUGAGCAGAAGAUGAGGGGCCAGGGUGUCCCAAGGGACUGGGGUACAGGCAUGAAGGGUGCUGUGCUCUUUUAGGGUGUCCCCAGGGUGGUGGGAGGGACGACUGAGGGUGUCCCUUGCUGGCAGGACAGGGUGUUUUCUGUCAUGAGGCCAAUAAACUGAUGCUGCUCUGG